CCGAGACCAUGGAUAAAGCCACCCACAGUGAGAAGAGCAGCAGCAGCAGCCGCUGCAUGGAAACCUACUUAAAGAAGUUUAAAUUGGGACGAUCUAUGAAUAAUGAGCGUGAAGCUCUGAGGAAGCGAUACAGGGAUGAGCUGAGGGAAGAGAUGAAGGAUCCUCCAUUCAAACCGGAAAAAUUCGGUGACCCCCGCAGCCUGGAGAAAAUUUCAGAUUCACUUUUGAGACACGGUGUCGUCUCAGUUGCUUUGUACAGUGAAAGAGUGCUGGUCUAUGCAUGCUCCGGAACAGCUGUACGCUACAAGUACAGGAACAUGCGAGAUCACCAUAACAGAUUUGUGACUUCCGCGCGUUUGGCCCACAAGUUUGAGGAUAACAGAACCAGAGAUGAUAAUUUAAGGAUUGAACUGCGUACUUCCGACAAUGAAAUCCUGCAUGGGCUCUUGGAACUAUAUGAUGACAAUAUGGAUAUUGCUAUCGUCACGUCCUUUAGCCUCCAAGUUGUCUACCCUAUGGAUACGUGUAAUCGCGUGAAUCUACAACCAAACACACGGAAAUUAUUUGCAUAUGGAUGUUCCAACCGUGGCACUCUGAUGGGCGCAAAUUGUUCGCAUCCUGUUUCCGAGGACGAGGGCCUUGUGUCACUUACUUGUAACAUCACAGAGAGUGGACUUGGAGGGCCCGUUCUAUAUUUUGGUCCUCAUGGUGAACGCAUUGCUGGACUUAUCGUUGGAUCUGGUGAAGGCAAGAUAGUGUUGCUACCAACGAACAAACUUAAUGGUUGGUUGAAGCGUAUUCUUCUGAUAACCAGUAAGGCUCCCCACUUUCGUGGAUAUUCUUUGCCUGAAGGAGUAAAAACAGCCAUCCCUUCAGGAUUUAUGGUACAAUCUAAGAUUCUUCAAUCAUUAGGCUAUCCCCUGCCACCACCACUCAUGUUUGAGCUCAAUGGAAGAUUGAUUGGUAGGUUUGAAGAGCAUUUUGGUCAACUUCAUUAUUGGGAAGGGUAUCCUUUUGAUCUCCCGAAUAAUUAUGGUCCAAAACCUAUCUGGGAGCAACUUGGGAAAGAACUCGCUCAGGAAAUAUCCCAAAGUGUUGUCUCAAUUGCUUCAUUCAAGGAUAACACAAGGUGUUUUGCUUGCACGGGCAUGUUUAUAACAGGCAGAGACUACCAGCUCGUCCUUACUUCAGCUAGUUUGGUUCGGACUGGUGAUGCGGAAGGCAAGAUUGAUGAGACAUUAAGGAUUGAGGUGUUCCUCCCGCCAAAUAAUUCUGUGGAGGGGAUACUAGAACUGUAUCAUGAAAAUUACAACAUUGCCCUUGUCCGUCUAAAGUAUGAUCUAACUACUGCUAUUUCGCCACAAGAUAUCUUCAAUGUUAGGGAGUCUACAGAAAACAAAUCAGUAGUAGCAAUAGGGCGUGGGCCUAAAAGAUCUCAUGGAUUAUUGAUGGCCUCAAUGGGUGAAGCGAAGGGUAAAUACGAGACCGAGCAUAAAAGCAAGCGGUCCACUGGUGUCGAUAAAAAGGUUUAUUGCCCAGACCUUCUUAUGUCCACAUGUCAAAUCAAGAAGGUUGGGAUUGGAGGCCCUCUUAUUGAUUUGGAUGGUAAUUUCAUUGGCAUGAACUUUUAUGACGAAAGUGAAACAACUCCUUUUCUACCAAGGAAGACGAUUGUAACAGUUUUGCACGAAGGGUUUGAUCUGUUACAAAGCUCUACUUUGGUGCGUCGUCCUAUCAAAAUGGAGGACAUCGAGAGCCAUUUGUCUUCUAAGACACGAAAGAGGAAGAGAAGCUGCUGGCCUGUGUCCGAGGCAUAUUGGUUUCUUGCUGGUGAAGUUCAUCCUCUAGACCAGCUUGUUGGAAAAGUUCUCAUGUAGACGUGAAGCAAGCUGUUGGUGGAGUACCCUCUCAAAUGUGCAACUUCUGUAUGGUUUGUGUUUGAUAUUUAUUUAUAUAUAUAUAUGGUGUUUAUUUAUGUGUAUCCCUCUCAGGUAUUUAAUGGCAUAUUAUAUUAGGAUAUACUCCCUCUCUUU